GAAGUGGAGCCCCCCCCCAAAAAAAGAAACCGAACGAUCAAAACAUAAACAGAGCAGUAAACCUUGUGUGAACGCAGUUAGCUCUCUUUGUAGUUUGUCUUCUGCCAAAAGCCGUAACGCACGCAUUCCUAAUGUCGUGUACUCACGGUCGAGGGAUUCCCAGCCGAGGCACCUAGGUUAGGCCCAAUUGCUGAGCAGUCAGGUGGAGAAAAUAAAUCUGCAAUAAAGAUCAGGACUAAACUAAGAAGUACGCCUCGUCGGGCCUUCGGAUCGAGGUCGACGCGGACCAAACGGGGGCACAGAAUGUCUGAGGCUGACGGCGAAUCCACAGCGCCUCACGGUGGCUCGGAAGAAAAAGAGGAUCGACACGAGGGGACUAAUGCGUCCGGAAGCAAAGAUGGACAAACGCAGUCUUCUUCUUCUCGACACGCUCCCAAAGACACAGGAGAGGCAUCUGGAGACAAGCCAAUGUCAGAUGUGGAUGGAGAGGUGGGGGGAAACAGAGAGGCGGGGCAGGAGGACGAAGACACAGACAGCAUGGAUGGCCGCGGCCAUUACUACCUGACCGAGGACGGUGAAAGGGAGAGUGACGGGGGCAGGCGGAGGAGAGCAAAGGAUAAAGACGGCGGCAAAAGAGCUGCCAGAAAGCGGAAUAGACCCGGCGGUGGCCCGAACCUCAACACCAGCUCGGACGAGGACGACGAGGAGGAGGACGACGACGACGACAACGACGACGCUGUUGCCCACGACGACGACGACGAAGAAGACCACAAAGACGAAGACGACGACGACGAUGAAGACGACGACGAGGCCAUGGAGGCCUGGCUGGGAGCGGAGCUCAGCGACCUGCGCGGCCCCGUGUGGCAGGCGAUCCCGUCGCUCCGCUCCCGGGAGAUCGGCCGCGACGCCCACCAGUUUGUGAGGCGCGUGUGCGGGGCCCGCGGCCUCGUGCAGCGGCUGGAGCUCCAGGGCCGCCUGGAGAGGCACACGGGCUGCGUCAACACGCUGCACUUCAACCCCUCGGGCACGCGCCUGGCCUCGGGCAGCGACGACCUGCGGGUGGUGAUCUGGGACUGGGCGGUGCGCCGCGCCGAGCUGGAGUUUGACAGCGGCCACAAGAGCAACGUCUUUCAGGCCAAGUUCCUGCCCCACAGCGGAGACUCCACCUUGGCCAUGUGUGCUCGAGACGGUCAGAUCCGGGUGGCCGAGCUCUCCGCCACACAGCGCUGCAAGAACACCAAGCGGGUGGCGCAGCACAAAGGGGCGGCGCACAAGCUGGCCCUUGAGCCAGAUUCCCCUUGCUCCUUUCUGUCCGCUGGAGAAGAUGCUGUGGUGUUUGGUAUUGACCUGCGUCUGGACCGGCCUGCUAAUAAACUGGUGGUUGUAAAGGAAAGUGAUAAGAAAGUGGGGCUGUACACCAUCUUUGUCAACCCAGCAAAGACACAGCAAUUUGCUGUGGGCGGAAAAGACCAGUAUGUGAGGAUCUAUGACCAGAGGAAGAUCAACGAGAGUGAUAAUAAUGGAGUGCUGAAGAAGUUUUGUCCUUCACAUCUGGUAUCCAGUGAGUCCAAAACCAACAUAACCUGCCUUGUGUACAGUCACGAUGGCUCAGAGCUCCUGGCCAGUUACAAUGACGAGGACAUCUACCUGUUUGACUCCAACCACAGCGAUGGGGCGGACUAUCGGAGGAGAUACAAGGGACACCGCAACAAUGCGACAGUGAAGGGGGUGAACUUCUACGGGCCACGCAGUGAGUUUGUGGUGAGCGGCAGUGACUGCGGACACAUCUACCUGUGGGACAAGUACUCUGCUCGCAUCGUCCAGUUCAUGGAGGGAGACCGGGGGGGAGUGGUGAAUUGUUUGGAGCCACAUCCCAAUCUCCCCGGCAUGGCCACCAGUGGGCUGGACCACGACAUCAAACUGUGGGCCCCCACAGCCGAGAGCCCCACAGGACUAAAGGGUCUGAAAGAGGUGAUGAAGAAAAACAAGCGGGAGCACGACGAAGACAGCGUGCGCCACGGUGACCAGUACGACACCCAGCUGCUGUGGUUCCUGAUGAGACACAUGAGGAACAGGCGGCCCCAGAGGUUGCAGGCCCGCCGCGAGGGGGCAGACACAGACACGGACGAGUCCUGGAGCUCUCCGGAUUCCUCUGAUGAAGAGGAAGGAGGUCCAGACCACGUCCAGUGCAUGUCCUCCUGAGCACCACGCACACAUACUCGGACAUGUAAACAUACACACACACACACGUCAUUACCCUUUAAUUGUUGCACAUAGACAAGCACCCUUGACACAGUGGCAACUCAAACACACAAUGAGCCACUGGCGUUUUUUUUUGUUUCCUUUCUACACACGUACAAACUCACAGAUGUAAACGCACACACUAAAUGAAACGUACUUUUGGAAUUCAGAGUGACCGAGCUCAACGGCUGGCUUGUGAGUGUGCAAACGGCGACUACACACACACUUCUAGAAUCCUGAUUUUUGACUAUUGUACAAAGAGAUUUAGGGAAUGCUUUACAUCCCUAUAAACCACUCGAGAGGGGGGGGGGGGGGG